AUGCCGACCGGUGAUUUGCUGGUACGCCACGAGCGACUGAACCAUGCAGAAUCCACGGGUCAGCAGGACCAGGCGAAUGAAUUCUGGCAACAGCCCUCUAUCCAGGGGAGCGUUUCAAACCCUCCAGUGCAAGAAGAGGAAGAGACAGCUGUGGACAAGAGUAUUCAUGAGCCUCCGAUGAUUCCUAUGGAGGACCUUGCACACCAAUACCCCGUACAAGCUUAUGAGGCACCGCUAGAAGCCAACACCAUUAACUUGGAUCAUAUGAGCGGAUUGCCUCGACCGCCGAGUACCGAAAACAACAGAGAACAACAAAUUCAGACACUAAACGGCUUCUCACCAUAUCUACCAGCGCAAAUUCCGAUGUUUCCCCAUCCUGGCUUCUUGAGUGAUUCGUUUCAGGAUUUGGCUGCGUUUAUGGACAACCACACUCCCUUUACAGAUGAUUUUGCCUCUUUUGUUUCAUCAGCAAACGGCAUAACAUUUACUUCGCCAGAUCGCUACCCUAAUUCUGGCGGUUUUCCUCUACAUCUGGGCGCGGAGUUGGCGACAACAGACCCUGCCCAGCAAGCCGAUGAGGUCGAGUCUUUUUCGCAACUUGGAUCGAGAUUGCCUUCUCUCCAGCCAGAGGAGCGCGCUCCUAUCUCCGGAGCUCCUCCUCAAGUUGCCAGGCCAAGCAAUUUGUUCGAAAACAUCAGUUCACAUAUGCGCGAUGUGCUUCUCAGCAAGGUCCACGAGUUUGCUACUGUAGUUCCUGAGGAAUUCCAAAUGCCGACUCGACUGGCGUUAUAUCGGUAUAUGACUGCAUAUGUCAAAGGAUUCCAUGAACAUAUGCCUUUUCUUCACAUUCCUACCCUGUCGGCGGAAGGGUGUUCCAUUGAGCUUGUGCUAGCCAUUGCAUCGAUUGGCGCCCAGUACUGUUUCGAGCCAGAUAAAACAGUACAAUUAUUCCAAACGAGCCACGCUAUUGCAAGAGAGCGCGUUCGGAGGCGAGAUGCCUCAUCCGUAUCGCAGGCAAGAAGUGACCGUGAACAUACACCGAUGAUGCACAGCUAUUCGAGUCGUGGCAACUUACCACAGUGUGAAGAGACAAUCCAAACAGCGCAGGCUCUCCUUUUACUCAUGGCAGAGGCAACGUGGUCUAACCAUCGAACGAUUCUACGUGAGGCUCUUGCUAUCCAGAGUAUUUUAGCAACUUUGGUUCGGGACCAUGGUCUGAAGACGCCACCCUUGCCGGAAGACGUUCCCUGGGAGGGAUGGGCAAUAUAUGAAAGCACCAAGAGAACCAAGUGGAUUGUAUUCUGCUUCUUCGACCUGCAUACGAUAGUUUACAACAUCCCAUCUCCAAUUUUGAGCUCUGAUGUAGAUGGGAUGCUCCUACCGUGUCAAACUGCCACUUUUCGCGCAACAUCCCACGCCAAAUGGCUGAAAGCAAGAGAAAACGAAACAAACAUAACCUUCAAAGAUGCAUUUUCCAACCUAUUCCAAGAGGACUUUAGCACGGUGGGAACUGCACCGAACUCGACCCUUGGCAACUACAUCCUUGUGCAUGCGCUGAUCCAGCAUAUCUAUCUUGUCCGUGAAGUCUUCCGCCAUCGCCGGAAGGACAUCCCAGAAGAUGAUAUCGCGUCUACUGAGAUUGCAUUACGUAACUGGAAGGCAAUGUGGAAGCACACUCCAGAUUCCAGCAUUGAUCCUUCGAACCCUAUGGGACCAGUAUCAUUCAACUCCACAGCUUUGCUCCGGCUGGCAUACAUUCGGCUCAACGCGGAUAUUGGGCCCGGACGAGCUCUCCACACACGCGACCCAACACAAAUUGCCAAUGCAUUCCUUAAAUCCCAGCUUAUAUCCAGAACACCAAGGUUACUACGUCCAGUGUUGCAUGCUGCACAUGCUCUGAGUAUACCAAUACGAAUUGGUGUCCAUCUCGUGGCUCAAACACAAACCUUCCGCUGGUCAAUACAGCAUUCUUUAGCAACCCUCGAGUGUGCCUUCCUCCUUAGCAAAUGGCUUGAAGCUUUGUCCUCACCGGCAGCAAUUGAGACUAUCACUCCUGGAGAAUACAAAAUGGUGAUGCUGGUUAAAACAAUGCUGGAUGAGACAGAUUUCGCUGUUCCUUCACAUUUCAACGUCGGGUCUCCAUCUAGUAUGAAGUUACUAGCUGCAAAUGUUCUUCGAGUAUGGGCCAAAGCAUUCUACGGGCCUGCACAGGUUUGGGCCAUUGUUGAUGUUGUUCGAGCCUCUUUGGAGCUCUGCGCGGAUCUAGUGGAAAACAAUGUAACAUAA